AUGGCAUCAGACAACAGCUAUGUGCAACCAACAAUUCCUCGCUUUGAUGGUCAUUAUAAUCAUUGGAGUAUGUUGAUGGAGAAUUUUCUACGAUCCAAGGAGUAUUGGACUAUUGUGGAAACAGGUGUGGCUGAACCAGCUCCUGGAGUUGUAUUGUCAGAAGCAGAGCAAAAGAAACUAGAAGAACGGAAGUUAAAGGAUCUCAAGGGCACAACAAGGGUGAAAAGGCAGCAGCUUCAAGCUCUUUGCAAAGAGUUUGAGAUUCUUCACAUGAAGCAAGGAGAGUCUGUUGAUGAGUAUUUCUCAAGAACCUUGGCAAUAGUAAACAAGAUGCGUAUCCAUGGUGACAAAAUUGAAGAUGUGGCUGUGGUGGAAAAGAUUCUUCGAUUAAUGGCUCCUAAAUUCUCUUAUGUGGUUUGUUCUAUUGAGGAGUCAAAAGAUCUUGAUGAAGUUUCAAUCGAUGAAUUGCAAAGUUCUUUGCUUGUGCAUGAGCAGAGAAUGACAACAUCAACAUGUUCAACCGAAGAACAAGCUUUAAAGGCUUCAACUCAUGGUGAAAGCUCUAUAGGGAUAGGAUCAAGUAGAGGUUGUGGUCGAGGCCAUGGAAGAGGACGAGGAAGAGGAAGAGGUUCUUAUACACCAGAUUCUCGGGGCAGAGGCAGAGGACAUGAUCACCACCAGCAAUCUCUCAACAAUGACUCAAAGUUUGAUAAGUCCAACAUCGAGUGCUACCGCUGCCACAAGUUUGGUCAUUACAAGUCUGAAUGCACUGCAAGCUCUAACAAUGACAAAUGA